AUGGAGCGCGUGUCGUGGCAACCACUUGCGCUCCUCCUCCUCGCGGCGGCCGCGGCCGUCGCCAGCGGCACUGAGGUCGGGUACGACGGCCGGUCGAUGGUCAUCGAUGGCGAGCGCCGCCUCCUCAUCUCCGGCUCCAUCCACUACCCCAGGAGCACGCCAGAGAUGUGGCCGGAUCUGAUCAGGAAGGCCAAGGAGGGCGGGCUGGACGCCAUCGAGACGUACGUCUUCUGGAACGGCCACGAGCCUCGCCGCCGGCAGUACAACUUCGAGGGCAGCUACGACAUCGUGCGCUUCUUCAAGGAGGUCCAGGACGCCGGCAUGUACGCCAUCCUCCGCAUCGGCCCCUACAUCUGCGGCGAGUGGAACUACGGCGGCCUGCCGGCAUGGCUGCGCGACAUCUCCGGCAUGCAGUUCCGCAUGCACAACAACCCCUUCGAGCAAGAGAUGGAGACCUUCACGACCCUCAUCGUCGACAAGCUCAAGGAGGCCAAGAUGUUCGCCGGACAGGGAGGCCCCAUCAUCCUCUCUCAGAUCGAGAACGAGUACGGGAACGUCAUGGACAAGCUCAACAACGACGAGUCGGCGUCUGAGUACAUCCACUGGUGCGCCGCCAUGGCCAACAAGCAGAACGUAGGCGUGCCGUGGAUCAUGUGCCAGCAGGACCAAGACGUCCCACCCAACGUGAUCAACACCUGCAACGGCUUCUACUGCCACGACUGGUUCCCCAAGAGGACCGACAUCCCCAAGAUCUGGACUGAGAACUGGACUGGCUGGUUCAAAGCCUGGGACAAGCCUGAUUUCCACCGGUCCGCCGAAGACAUCGCCUUCUCUGUUGCCAUGUUCUUCCAGACGCGAGGAUCGCUCCAGAACUACUACAUGUACCAUGGUGGCACCAACUUUGGCCGCACGUCGGGUGGCCCAUACAUCACAACCAGCUAUGACUACGAUGCCCCUCUCGAUGAGUACGGUAACAUCAGGCAGCCAAAAUACGGGCACCUCAAGGACCUCCACAAUGUCCUCAAGUCCAUGGAGAAGAUCCUACUCCAUGGGGACUACAAGGACACCACCAUGGGCAACACCAACGUCAUGGUUACCAAGUACACGCUGGACAACUCCUCUGCCUGCUUCAUCAGCAACAAGUUCGACGACAAGGAGGUCAAUGUGACCCUCGACGACGGCGCAACCCAUGUCGUGCCCGCAUGGUCCGUGAGCAUCCUGCCGGACUGCAAGACCGUCGCGUACAACAGCGCCAAGAUCAAGACACAGACGUCGGUGAUGGUGAAGAGGCCGGGGGUGGAAACCGUGACGGAUGGCCUUGCUUGGUCGUGGAUGCCCGAGAACCUCCAUCCUUUCAUGACGGACGAGAAGGGUAACUUCAGGAAGAACGAGCUGCUCGAGCAGAUCGCGACGUCGGGCGACCAGAGCGACUACCUAUGGUACAGGACAAGCUUGGAGCACAAGGGGGAAUCGAACUACAAGUUGCACGUGAACACGACUGGCCAUGAGCUCUACGCUUUCGUCAAUGGCAAGCUUGUUGGGAGGCACUACGCUCCUAAUGGCGGAUUCGUCUUCCAAAUGGAGACACCGGUGAAGCUCCACUCUGGCAAGAACUACAUCUCCCUCCUCAGCGCCACCAUCGGGCUCAAGAACUAUGGUGCUCUGUUCGAGAUGAUGCCCGCCGGCAUCGUGGGAGGGCCGGUGAAGCUCGUCGACACCGUCACCAACACCACCGCCUACGACCUCUCCAACAGCUCCUGGUCCUACAAGGCCGGCCUCGCCGGCGAGUACAGGGAGACCCACCUCGACAAGGCCAAGGACCGCAGCCAAUGGAGAGGCGGCACCAUCCCGGUGCACCGCCCCUUCACCUGGUACAAGGCGACCUUUGAGGCCCCCACCGGUGAGGAGCCCGUGGUGGCGGACCUGCUGGGGCUUGGCAAGGGCGUGGUGUGGGUCAACGGCAACAACCUGGGCCGCUACUGGCCGUCAUACGUCGCCGCGGACAUGGACGGCUGCCGGCGGUGCGACUACCGCGGCACAUUCAUGGCGGAUGGCGACGGGCAGAAGUGCCUCACUGGCUGCAACGAGCCGUCCCAGAGGUUCUACCAUGUGCCACGGUCGUUCCUCAAGGCCGGCGAGCCCAACACGAUGGUGCUGUUCGAGGAGGCCGGCGGCGACCCGACGAGGGUGAGCUUCCACACCGUCGCUGUCGGGGCGGCGUGCGCGGAGGCCGCCGAGGUCGGCGACGAGGUGGCGCUGGCGUGCAGCCAUGGCAGGACCAUCUCCAGCGUGGACGUGGCCAGCCUCGGCGUCACGCGCGGCAAGUGCGGCGCGUACCAGGGCGGCUGCGAGUCCAAGGCGGCGCUGGCGGCGUUCACGGCAGCGUGCGUCGGCAAGGAGUCGUGCACGGUGCGGCACACGGAGGACUUCCGCGCCGGGUCCGGGUGUGACUCCGGCGUGCUCACCGUGCAGGCAACCUGCUGA